AUGACAGCUAGUCGUGCUAUCGAUGAAAAAGGACCUCCCAUGUCCUCCGCCGACAAAAAGCGCGCCAGAGACCGGCGAGCCCAGCAAAAGAGACGGGAAAAGAGGGAGGCACAUGUGAGGAAGCUCGAAGAAGAGCUUGCUUUCUAUCGGGACCAGCAUAGACCGCAGCAUUACCGUCAACUGGAGGACACCAUCGAUAAACUGAAGAAGCAGAACAAGGCUCUCUUGGAGAGACAACAGGCACUACUCAAGCUGCUGGUGGAUUGGAAUGCCGACACAAUGGCUUCGACAGAUCUCUUGCGCCCUGAGGCUUACCCCGUGCCGGCCAUUGCUCGCGCGGCGCCGCGGACUUCUGCUGAAACUGAAGCGCCUGAAAGCACUCUGCUGGUAUCGCCUCCCGUGUUAUCUCCAGGGAUAUCACAUCCUACAGAAGAGCCUCCUGACCAGGCUCGUACGCCAGAGCCCUUGAUAGCUCUCCCUCCUCAUGGCGAUACCACCGUCACGCAGGUCUCUGCACAAUUUGUCUUGAAUGCCGUCGUUGCACUUCUCCAAAAACACUUUGAUAACAUUCGAUCCUCAUUACCGGCUCGCGGAGAUGUCCCCUUCGACUCCUGCCUAGGCAUGGAUUCUCCGCCUACAGGUUCACAUUCAACUGAGCACCCAGACCGACAUCGAUCAAUUAUCAGUCCUCUAACCGAGAGUCUCCCUGAGAGACACUCAGAAGACUGGUCCGACUCAACAGUCACCACAUUAGACAAGAACGACCAUCAUCGACAUCCAGAAUCCGGUGGCUUGGAAAUCUCCCGACGUAUGUCUGUAUCCGUGCCUUACUGGGCUCAAGUACCGAUGAGCGCCGCCAAUAUUCAGAGCGAAUCCUAUUGCCCAUGGCUUUCCUGUCCUGAUAUUGUGUCCAUCAUGCCUGAUCUUCCUUAUCCGCAAGACCUUUUGUAUGGUUCCACCAAAAAUCCAGUGGCGAAUUCGAUUUACAUCACAUUGAAGGACUACAGCUUUGGCGUCAUGGAGAGGCUAGCCUGUGGCUGGCUUGUAUACGUUUACACCAAGUGGCGUAUUUGUCCUUCGGAAGAGCGAUAUCUCAAUAUCCCUGCUUUCUUCCGUCCGACAUCUCUACAGUUAACCCAGCCACAUUGUCCCAUGUUUGAUAAUCUAGUCUUCCCUCAACUGCGGGAUAAUUUGAUCAAAUAUUUUCAAGACUCUAAUAUGGACGAGAUUUUUUCGCUUUUCUCGACCAGUGUCAACAUCAGGUAUCCUAAAAAUUUGGAGUGUUUGAUACCUGACGACCAGAACCACCUCAUAUUCUCACCGAACUUCUUUAUGGCGUUGACACGACUAGAAUCGUGGACUUUGGGACGCGAAUUUGCUCUCAAGUAUCCACAUUUCGCCGAAGGAAUACCGACGGUCACCUCAGCACCUGCAGUGAGGUAG